AUGUUGUCGGAAGACUCUGCAUAUGAGCGGCUAAAGUCGCUUGACAGAGACGAUGAUGACUCCCACGACGGACAUGCGUCGCCGAUCAACGCCUCUGUGAGAUUACCGAGAAAGCUGUUCAUUACGCUUUUGCUAUGCAAUAUUCUUUUGUUUGUGGCAUCGGUAUACGUCUUGUUGGUUGCCACCUUUGGGAGACCAGCGCCAUCAGAGUUGGAGUGUGCUAAAAUUGUUUCACCGUACUCUCCAAUAUGGGAGGCAGUGGAGUUCUGGGAAGGGAAUUUCGACAACGACUUUACCCAUCCUUCCAAAUAUCGUGGUCCGCCAACUCUCGAACUCGAACAGACCUGGCAUAACCUUUUCGGUGAUCGUGGUGUUGGUGUCGAUUACGCUGGAUUGAAAAAGUUGAACAAGACGCAAAACAUCCACCAAUAUUUGACAACCGUGGGUAGCGAUCCGAAAAACCCAACAUACGGUGGUGCCAUUGAAGCAUUGCAUCAACUUCACUGUCUGAAUGUCAUACGGCAAUAUACAUGGCCACUUGAAAUGUACAACAAAUCAUGGGGUAGCCUUUAUCCCGUAGAUUUUGACGAUCCCGUGGUCGCAAGGACCCAUGUCGACCACUGCUUAGAGACGAUUCGGCUGAGUAUAAUGUGCUAUGCGGACGUUACGCCGGUUAUGCUGAGGUAUGAUAGAGCGACUGGUGAGCGACAAACUGAUUUCAAUACCCACCAUAAGUGUCGGGAUUUCGAAAAGAUAAUGGCGUAUCUUCAGAAGAAUGGCGUCGAGAUUGCUAAUCCUGCGGCUUGA